UGGUGGUGGGUGGUGGUGACGGUGGUGGUGGUGGUGGUGGUGGCUGGUGAUGACAUGGUGUUGAGGAGGAACAUUGGACACGAAGGGGAAUCGCGUAGAUCUGAUGUGGUUGAAAUUUUUGAUUAUGGUGAUGAAACUGGAGGUGAAACUGGUGAUGAAACUGGUGAUGUAACUGGUGAUGAAACUGGUGAUGAAACUGGAGGUGAAACUGGUGAUGAAACUGGAGGUGAUGGUGGUGAUGAAACUGGAGGUGAAACUGGUGAUGAAACUGGAGGUGAAACUGGUGAUGGUGGUGAUGAAACUGGAGGUGAAACUGGUGAUGGUGGUGAUAAAACUAGAGGUGAAACUGGUGAUGGUGGUGAUGAAACUGGAGGUGAAACUGGAGGUGAAACUGGAGGUGAAACUGGAGGUGAAACUGGAGGUGAAACUGGAGAUACGACUGGAUAUGAAACGGGAGAUGAAACGGGAGAUGAAACUGUUGAUGUUCAUGUUGAAGAUAAGUUUAAUGAUUUUUUUGUGACACUGUUGAAGAAACUCUACGAAACUGGAGGUGAAACUGGAGGUGAAACUGGUGAUACGCCUGGUUAUGAGACGAUAGAUGAAACUGGUGAUGUUGAUGUUCAUGUUGAAGAUAAGUUUAAUGAUUUUUUGGUGAAACUGUUGAUGAAACUCUACGAAACUGGAGAUACGACUGGAGGUGAAACUGGAGAUACGACUGGAGGUGAAACUGAAGAUACGACUGGAGGUGAAACGGAAGAUGAAAUUGGUGGUGUUGAUGUUCAUGUUGAAAAUAAGUUUAAUGAUUUUUUGCUGAAACUGUUGAUGAAACUCUACGAAACUGGAGGUGAAACUGGUGAUGAAACACACUACGAAACUGGAGGUGAAACUGGUGAUGAAACACUCUACGAAACUGGAGGUGAAACUGGUGAUGAAACACUCUACGAAACUGGAGGUGAAACUGGUGAUGAAACACACUACGAAACUGGAGGUGAAACUGGUGAUGAAACACUCUACGAAACUGGAGGUGAAACUGGUGAUGAAACACACUACGAAACUGGAGGUGAAACUGGUGAUGAAACACUCUACGAAACUGGAGGUGAAACUGGUGAUGAAACGCACUACGAAACUGGAGGUGAAACUGGUCAUGAAACACUCUACGAAACUGGAGGUGAAACUGGUCAUGAAACACUCUACGAAACUGGAGGUGAAACUGGUGAUGAAACACUCUACGAAACUGGAGGUGAGACUGGAGGUGAGACUGGAGGUGAGAUUAGAGGUGAAACUGGAGGCGAAACUCCUGGUGAAACUGGUAAGGAAACGCUCUACGAAACUGGUGAUGAAACGCUCUACGAAACUGGUGAUGAAAGGGUCUACAAAAGUGGUGAUGAACGUGGUGAUAUAACCGGUCAUACUGAAGUGAAGCAUGAUGAAAAUCCAGGUGAAACUCGUGUUGAAACUCUCUACGAAACUGGUGAUGAAACUUGCCUCACCAGCGCCUCACCACUCAUCAUCACCACCACACAGGUCACAUGGGUUCCAACGGUGGUGACUAUGCUCGCUGUCAACGUCAUCACCACCGAGGUCACCAUCACUUCGUCCACACUCCUUGAUGGUGACCUCGUAUCAUCAACACGUGUCAUCACCAUUCCCAGUACCCAGGUCAGCACUAUCACCACCUCCGUCACCACUAACAUAUUGAUCACCACCAAGAUACCUUACACCAGUACCCGCGUGGAGAUGGUUACCGAAUUCACCACACUCACGGAUGUCAAAGUCGAGGGGGUCUACUCAACUAAAUACUGGCUCGAGACUCUCACCACGACCACAACACUGACCACGACACGGUACAGACCUAUCUCUCUCUGGGUCAAUGCUGUGUCUUGUCGAACAUACACCACCCUCACGAAGACUUUCACGCCAGUCAUCAAACCUCGCGUACCCGUCACCAGCCAGGCAGAACAUCACCCAGGAGUCACGAGUCUGUCAGGACAUCACCCAGGAGUCACCAGUCAGGUCAGGUCCCAUACACCAACUGUCACCAAGUACUACACAGCCUGGGGGACAAGGACUCAAACGGUCACCAAGCCAGCCCUCGUGACAGUCCAGGUGACCAUAGACAGACAGCCUGGUGAGCCUUGUAUCCAGGUGACAAGUCCGGUAGCCCCCAGUAGAGAGUAUGCGGAUCUGCCCGACCAAGGUGUGUAUGUAAGGCCUGUACCUGGGAGAGAUCCUGAUGGGGGUGAUCGGCAUUUCCACGGGUCGAAUCAUGGUGUGGAAAAAAGUCUCCCAGCAGACCAUCACUUACGGGUUGAACAGGACGAAGAUGCGCAUGGUGGGACAAGGCACAUCAUCCACUCUCAAGAUGACCACCAAUACAAGAACGAGAAAUUGCCAGACGAGCAUCACAGUCAAGCUAAGGAGAACGAACCACUGACAUUUAAAGAGAAGAUGAAGGUCAAAAUGUUGGACAGCAUGAAUUACCUCGAGGAUAAAAUGCUGGAGAGAACAUUGCAGUUGGAAUCCCUACUCUUGUGGCCGUUUGAAGUGGAGGAAAAGGGAGAGGGACAAGAAGGGCCGAGUUAUGUAGACGCGAUGAAGCACGGGAUAAAGAACGCCAUAAAGAGCAAAUUCGAGGGAUUGUAUGAGUUAAGUCUCCGAAAGUUCAAUUGGCUUCACUACAUGCUUGGAGAGGAGGAUGAUGAAGCUUCGGCUGAGGCUUCGGAACGGGAAAAUGAAGCUUAGAGGCGAGGUGUUGAAGAGGGAGAGUAAAAAGAUUUGAGAAUGAGGGAGAAGUGAGCUAAGAUAUGCGUUUAAAAAGGGAAUUGAAGAUUUGAAGUGAAUGAAACGGUGGAAAGAGCUUGGAGAGGAGGCUGAUGAAGCUUAGGCUGAGGCUUCGGAACGGGGAAAUGAAGCUUAGAGGUGAGGUGUUGAAGAGGGUUAGUAAAAAGACUUGAAAACGAGGGAAAGUGAGCUAAGAUAUGCUUUUAAAAAGAAAAUUGAAGGUUUGAAGUGAAUGUAACGGUGGAAAGAGGCUUCGAGGAGGGAGAAUGAAGCUUUGUGGUGUUUUAAAAGCAAAGGGAGAGUGGGAGGUUCGAAGCUGAUGAAAAAUUAAGUUAGAAAAUACGAUAAAAAGGAGAAAAAUAUAAAGGUUUUGAGGUGAGAAAAGGUGUCAAAUUAGGGUUUAAAAGGGAAAAUGAUGCUGUGAAGUAUUUUAAGUGUUGAAGAUGAAGUAGAAGAUACACAAUUGAGGAAAAAUAAAGCAAAUGUUUAAAAAGGGGUAUUGAAGGUUUUGAAGUGAGAACGAAGCUGUCAAAUGGGGGUUCGAAAGGGAGAAUGAAGCUGUGAAGUGUUUUAAGUGUUGAAGAGAUAAAGUAAAAGAUAAACAAUUGAGGAAAAAAUAAGGCAAAUGUUUAAAAAGGGGUAUUGAAGGUUUUGAAGUGAGAACGAAGCUGUCAAAUGGGGGUUCAAAAGGGAGAAUGAAGCUUUGAAGUGUUUUAAAUGUUGGAGAAGUAAAGUAAAACAUACGCAAUUGAGAAAAAAAUAAAGCAAGUGUUUAAAAGGGGGAAUUAAAGGUAUUGAAGUGAGAACGAAGCAGGAACGAAGCUUCGGAAUCAGGGUUCAAAGUGCUUCAGACGAAAAAAAAAAAAACUAAAGAAAAAGUGUUCAAAAGUGAGGAAAUUAUUUGAAAUGUGUGAAGAGUUUUGUCUGUGUGUGUGUCUAUAACUAUGUGGAUAUGUUUGUCUAUCUAUAUGUCUGUCUGUGUCUUUCUGUGUGUGUGUGUGUGUGUGUGUGUGUGUGUGUUAAGAAGGAGUAAGUGGCUUAAUACAAGAUCGAACUAUGCUUAAAUAGAAUCCAGGAACUUGUUGAACGCGUGAAAUAAUAUGAACUUUGUGAACCUUCCUAAUUACGGGGCUGUGUGUGUGUGUGUGUGUGUGUGUGUGUGUGUGUGUGUGUGUGUGUGUGUGUGUGUUAAUGUUUAGAGGUCUAGUUUUUGUCAUUUUUUUCUUGUGUAAUGUUAAGAAGUGUUUUAAUUUGUGUGUUUGUUUUUUCUUAAUGUUCCGAAGUUGUUUUAGUUGAAUGUUUUGUCUAUAUAUAAUUUUUUUAGAAGUGAUUUUUUUUUCUUUUUUUUCUAACUACGAUUUUGGUCCAGCUUUUUCUUCUAUGUAUUAUUCUGUGUAUUCUCCUAUGUAUUCUAUGUAUCUUAUGUAUCUUCUAUGUAUUCUAUGUAUUCUUCUAUUCUUCUAUAUCUUCUAUGUAUCUUCUAUGUAUUCUUUUAUUAUUCUAUGUAUCU